AUGGCUACCAAAACUCAUGUUCUAGUCCUCAUUUUGCCUGUACAAGGCCACAUUAACCCUCUGCUACAAUUUUCCAAGCUCAUAGCUUCCAAAGGUAUCAAAGUCACAGUAGUCUUCACAAAUCCAAUAGAGACUACUUCUCUAGCAGGUAAUGAAUCCGAACUGAUCAAAUUUGAGUGCAUCCCUGAAAGAAUCAAAGAAAAAGAAGUACCUGAAAAUUCAGCCCAAAAUCAGGAUGCCCAUGAAGCAAGGAUUCAGAGUUUGAAGGUGAAAGUUUUGGAACAUCUGCCUUUGAUCUUGGAGGGGAAAGCCUCCUCUGGUGAGCCUGUGAAAGUUGUUGUUUAUGAUUCACUCGUGCAUUAUGCUUAUGAUGUUGCAAAAGAACUUGGAAUUCAAGGAGCUGCAUUUUUUACUCAGUCAGCUAUAGUUUCUGCUAUAUUUUAUCAUCUACAUGAAGGGACACUUCGAUUACCUUUGCAAGGAGAAUCAAUAACAGGAUCACUGCCUUUGGUGCCAUCCAUAUUCAAGCAGCAAGAUAUGCCUUCUUUUGUGAAUGACAGUACUGGAGCAUAUGCAUCUAUUCUGAGGUUUAUCCUCGAUCAAAGUUUGAACUUUCACAAAGCUGAUUGCCUCUUGAUCAACACUUUUGACACACUAGAGCCUCAGAUAGUGAGCUGGAUGGUGAGCCACUACCCAAAUGUCAAAACAAUUGGACCAUCUAUUCCAUCUAUGUACCUUGACAAACGGAUGGAGGAUGACAAAGAUUAUGGUAUUACCCUCUUCAAGCCUGAAACUCAAGCUUGCAAGCAAUGGCUAGACAAGAAAUCAAGUGGCACAGUGGUCUACGCAUCAUUCGGAAGCUUGGCGAGUCUUGGUGAUGAGCAAAUGACAGAACUAGCAUGGGGUCUAGUAAACAGCCAAUGCGACUUCUUGUGGGUAGUUCGAGCUUCAGAGGAGAGCAAACUGCCAAGAAAUUUCGCGUCCGAGUUGGCCGGAAAAGGACUAAUUGUGAACUGGUGCCCUCAACUUGAAGUUUUGGCUCAUGAUGCUGUGGGGUGUUUCUUGACACAUUGUGGUUGGAAUUCUACUCUUGAAGCAUUGAGUUUGGGAGUGCCAAUGGUGGUUAUGCCACAGUUGAGCGAUCAACCGACAAAUGCAAAGCUAAUUGUUGAUGUUUGGCAAACGGGGGUGAGGCUUUUGAGUGGUGAAGAUGGAAUAGUUAAAAGGGGAGAGGUGGAAACGGGAAUAAAAGAAGCCAUUGUUGGAGACAGAUCAAUAGAGCUCAAGAACAAUGCUGUAAAAUGGAAGCAGUUGGCUAAGGAAGCAGUGCGCGAAGGAGGAAGUUCUUAUGCAAACACUGAAGGAAUUGUUGCAUCCAUUUUAGGCAAUUAA